GCUGUCCGUCUUCCCCUGCUGAAGCUAGGAUAUCUUCUUAUCGCCAGCCCGAUAAGAGUUUUUCUUGAUUCCUCAGCAUAACUCACGUAGGACUGAAUCUUUCAGUCUUUUUGCGCACUAAAAGACGAGCACCAGUGCAGAUCCUAACCCUCAACAUUGUGGCACUCGAAAUCGCGUGCCAGAGUUCUUUGAAUAUCCCGGACGGGAUCGCGCCGAGGAGGUGUUGUUGGUUGGGCGGCAAGGCAGCGCCGACACUCGGCAGAAAAAAAGCGAAAGACUUGGGCUGGGCUAUCCGGUGUCCUUGGAGGCAGCUCUAAGGAAUCUAGGGAGCAAAUCACAUAUUACAGUAGCUUGGCUAGGCAGCUGUCUCCAUUAGCUAUCCGUUCGAAUACUCCAGACGUCUGUCUCAUUUACUGCGGCACGCAACAAUGUCUGCAUCCGGCAACGCCUCCCGGAAGGCGGCGAGGCAGUUUGCCCAAAAGACGGCCAACUCUCGGACCGCACGCGCCGCCGCUCAGCAAGGGAACAGCGCUCAGAUGAUGGACAGAUCGAUAGUCGGUUCUUUCAUGCUUCCUGGAACUUUGAUAGCACCUCCCGUUUUUCGAUCGAUUUUCCAAAGCCCCAGGGACGGCCUAAAGUUGCAAUUGGACCGUCUCAAGGUCAAGCCGUUAGACGCCUUCCGCAUCGUGUCCUCGUACAUCGCCUCUAAGCCAUCCGUGCUCGCCAGCGGGCGCCUCCAGAUCCAGCGUGGCAAGAUCGUGCCGACUGCCAAGGAGCUGCACCGCUCGCUCUCCGAGGCCUUUGCGGCCGGUGACCUCGAUACUCUGAGGAGGGUGUGUAUGCCGAACCUGUACCAAACGCUGUCCGCCAAAGUCUUGCAGCGGCCGGCAGGCAUACGUAGGCAGUGGGAGCUUAUCACCUAUACCGGCACUUUGAUGUACCCGCGGAUCGCCGACCAUAAGCUCAUGGAAAUACCGCGAAGGGACGGUACCAGGGCGACAGCUCACCAGGCCGUCGUAACCAUCCGCAGCCGGCAAAGGCUCACCCAGUUCGACAAGACCGGUGAGAUCACUGGCCAGCCCAAGGAGCUCGACGUGACCGAGCACCUCAUCAUGUUGCGCGAACUCGACUCGAAUGCCCCGACCCCCGGCGACUGGAAAGUAUUUGGCUACGCCGACGAAGCCACCUAUGAGGGCUGGCAGGCAGAAAAGCGCGGCCUGGAGAUUUUGGCGAAACAAGGAGGGGCCCAAUGAUAAUGGGACGGUCUGUUUGCCCUUCCGUGCGUUUGGCCCAGUCAGUCAACCAGCUACAAAAAAAGCCCCUGCCUGCCUGGGUCUUUGCUCAUGUAUGUAUAACCUUACCUACUUAAAGUGUAUUAUAUGGAAACCCGACUGGCUGUCGAUAUCAAAGGGAGGUGGUUACUUCCUCAUCAACUCUGCUACACAUCUCAGCUUGAAUGAUAGACAAGAGAAUCACCAUCUAAUAACACAAAAUCCAUGUACUAUUUCACUUUGGACAAAGUUUCAAAAAUAUACAGAUACCCGCAAACCGAUCUCUUU